UACUUCGCAGAGGAAGAAGGACUCCUGGCUAUUGUUGAGGUGCCUAUUUGCCAGUAGGGGUGAUCAUCAGUUUUGCGUAUAGAAACAGCGUCGUCCUUCCCCCACCGCCUCUUUUUUAACUUCUGGCAGAAGUGCGGAUGUGAGUUGCAUAUUGAUACGGAACAGGCCGCCAGUUUUUUUUUAUUUUUUUUCCUCGCAAUGCUUUAGGCUAUGAUCAUUUUGUGGAGCUAUGAAUCCAGAGGAGCAGACUGUUACGUGGUUAAUAUCACUAGGAGUGCUCAGCUCGCCUAAGAAGAAUAUAGCGGACCCGGAGGAGUUUUUGAAAACGUCGCUGAAGGAUGGGGUCGUCUUGUGCAAGCUCACGGAGCGGCUCAUACCUGGCUUCGCUCCCAAGUACUGCCAGGAUCCGAGAACUGAAGCCGACUGCAUUUCCAACAUCAGGGAGUUUUUAAGAGGAUGCUCGUCCUUGAAAGUGGAGGGGUUUGAACCAGAGUGGUUAUACACUGGUGAGAAUUUUGGCAAAGUGCUGACCACUUUGCUGGCAGUCAACUUUGCCACACAAGACUGUGCUGCUGAGAGGUCAUGUCCGCAGUCCAGUGCUCCGUCUCCUAGUCAGUCGACAUCGUCACACACGCUCUCCUCCACCAAAUCCAAAGGCUCUCUGCGUAGACAAUCCAAAUCAGUGGAGAUGUCUGAGAACGGUGGAGGUGGGCAGUCGAUGGUGAAGGCCCGGUUCAACUUCAAGCAGAACAACGAGGACGAGCUGUCGUUCAACAAAGGUGACAUGAUCCUCGUGACGCGGCAGGAGGAGGGAGGAUGGUGGGAGGGCACACUCAACGGCAAGACGGGCUGGUUCCCCAGUAACUACGUCCGGGAGAUCAAACCCUGCGAGAAGCCAGUGUCUCCUAAAGGAACUCAGCUGACCAAGAACUACUACAGUGUGGUGGUACAGGACAUCUUGGAACAUGAGCGCGAGUUUGUCAAAGAAUUACAAACAGUGCUGAGCUGUUAUCUACGACCUCUGCAAGCCACUGACAAGCUGAGCAGUGCAGACAGCGCCACCCUGUGUGGAAACCUGGAGGAGAUUCUCACCUUCCAGCAGGGACUAUGUGUGGCUUUGGAGGACUGUACCAAGGUCUCAGAGGGCCAGCAGCGAGUGGCGGGCUGCUAUUUAAACCAGAUGUGCCAGAUCAAGACUCUGUACCUGGCCUACUGUUCCAGCCACCCUUCAGCUGUUUGCAUCCUCACUGACCACAGUGAGGAGCUAGACAAGUUCAUGGAGAGCCAGGGAGCCAGUGCUCCAGGGAUCCUGACCCUGACCACCAGUCUCAGUAAGCCCUUCAUGAGACUGGACAAAUACCCCACCCUGCUGCAGGAGCUGGAGAGACAUGUGGAGGAAGCCCAUCCCGACUAUGCUGACAUUGUAAAGGCAACCGCAGCAUUUAGGAGCCUGGUGACACAGUGCCAGGAUCUGCGGAAACGCAAGAACCUGGAGCUCCAGAUCUUGUCAGAACCAGUGCGGGCCUGGGAGGGAGACAGCAUGAAGAGCCUGGGUCACGUGGCCUACAUGUCCCAGGUCCACAUGAAAAACGGGUCCAGCGAGGAAAAGGAGGAGCGCUAUCUAAUGCUUUUCCCUAACGUGUUAGUCAUGCUCUCCGCCAGUCCCCGGAUGAGUGGCUUUAUUUAUCAGGGACGACUGCCACUGACAGGCACCACAGUAACAAGACAUGCAGAGGAUGCAGACAGCAAUGCCCACUAUGCCUUUGACAUCACAGGAAGCCUGAUGGACCGUAUCACAGUGUUCUGCAGCAGUGCCCAGGAGUUACAGGAGUGGCUGGAGCACCUCCAGCCCUUCACCAAAGGAGGCAGCCCUGCAGGCACCAUCUCAAAGACUGUAGAAGGCAAGCCACUGAGCAUGGUCGGUACCCCCACCCACCUGUCCCACCUGGGCAGCCUCAGUGCAGUUAGCCGCGGCCCCCUGGAGCCGCCGAAGAUCAGCAAGCCCUGGUCUCUCAGCUGCCUGCGGCCUGCGCCCCCUCUCAAACCCUCCGCUGCACUGGGAUACAAAGAGAGGAUGUCUUAUAUCAUGAAGGACUCCAGCAAGAGCCCGCGGCCCAUGAAGAAGUUCCUGCCAGGAAACAGGAAGAAAGAGCGGAAGCCCUCUGAUGACGAGGUUCAAACGAGGAAAAGCACGGCCGCUCUGGAGGAGGACGCUCAGAUACUGAGGGUGAUCGAGGCGUACUGCACGGGAGCGAGCCUGCACCAGACCACCACAGUGCGGAAAGAGUGCGUCCCUCAGGUGCUUCUGCCCGAGGAGGAGAAGAUCAUUGUGGAGGAGAUGAAGAGCAACGGGCAGACAGUUAUUGAGGAAAAGAGUCUGGUUGAUGCUGUUUAUGCUUUAAAGGACGAGGUUCACGAGCUGAAAAAGGAGAAUAAGUGGAUGAAGCAGUUUCUGGAGGACGAGCAGAAGUCACGCAAAGAGCUGGAGAGAGCUGUUCGAAAACUGGCCAAGCAGAAGAAUGAUUGUUCUUGGGACGACGGCGGCCACUGAACACAUCCGCACGAUCAUCCUCAUCCUUGUGUGUGUCUGUGUGUGUGUGUCUGUGUGUCUGUGUGUGUGUGGGGCGUGCUUGUGGAGGGAUGGGAGGGGCCAGGUGUGUCUACGUGUGUGUGUUUGUGUAUCCAUCUUGUGUUGCGUCUCCAUAUUUCAAUCACACCUGACAGAGCCGCACUUCCCUCUGUGACCAUCACGUUUGGAGUUCCUUCGCUUCGAUGUGGCGUUUUGAUGACAUCUAAUCUGUCUUCCUGGUCCGGCCUCACUAGAUGAGACUACAAUUAUGCAGCUCAGCUUACUGCGACUGGCACUGUGAACCCCCCCAGCAAAUGGACCCAUUUGUGGAAAAGGACAAAACGAGUUCUCCGCUGCUUCUUUUGCUUCAGCCAGAAAUAGAAAAGGAGUCCAAUAGGUGUUCUCCUGCAUGCACUUCUGUUAGCAAAAGGGGCUGUCUUCAUCCCUUCACAUCAAAACUUUUUUUUCCUUUUGUCUUAUUUUAUUUGUCACGAGGACCCGCAGAGGAGAAACGGAUUCAUUGAGCUUUCGUGAGCAUGUGCAUUCUAGUUUCCAGGCUGUUUUGUAGGCGACAAACAGGUUAGCUGUUGCAUUCGGUUGUGUCCAAACACAGCCCUUCACUGUUAAUUUAAGAACUGCAUGAAUGUACAGUGUUUCUACAAUAUGAAUUCUGCAUCAGAAAUGUGAUAAUCAAGAUAUACAAAUAUAUAGUCCAAAGCUAUCAGGGAUGCAGAUGCGUAAUAGAAUAGAAAAGGCUUAACUAUGUAUCAUUUAUUAUACAAGAGUACGCAAAUAAUGAGCCCUACUCUUCUAACUAAAAUGUAUUCAAGUAUCAUUUUAACAUAUUAAUUACAUAACCUUGCUUUAUUUUGGAUUUUUAAAGGAAUAUUCUUUAUUUAUUGUUCACCCAGACAUUUAAUUGUGGUGUUAGCCUUAUAGUUUCGCUGCCUUUUACGUCUGCCCGGCGUUUUAUUCAACUACACUGAUGUUUUCCAGGCAGAAAAGAUAUCCUUGUUUUGGCCAAGGGGAAAUAGACGUUUUCUCUCUCAAACGGGAGAAAAUGACUUUAAUAAUGAGUCUGACUUCAGAGUUCAGAGGUUUUCGUCGCAGCCUGUGUGGCCUCCCAGCAGGUUCCUGCAGAGCUGAUGGAGACAGACUGAGGAAAUGAACAGACAUUUAUUUGUGGGUGUAGAGUAGAGCUCAAAUGUAUAAGUGCCUCCUGAAAGGGGUCGAUAAACUUUAAGAGAGUUUAAGACCAGACUGGGACUAACUGCAUGAUGUAUAAUGAAAGUGUCACAGGUGGUUUGUUGAGAUAUUUCAAUAGGAAUGGCUCGAGCUUAGUGGGUAUAUACUGGGUCUGAAAAACACACAGGGCUUCGUGUGCUUUUUGAGAUGCAGCCUCUUCUCACGGACCCACAGCGGUACAUUUCCUCACGAGGUUGCGUGUGUGCACUGUCAACACUGUUAUCCACUGUCGCUGCUUUGCAGAGCAGCGGUGGAUUCUAUUGAAAUGCAAUAAGUGACUGCUUUACUGACUGGCCUCUGGGUUAGAUCCAGCAUGGUGGGCCAGACGCGGAGAAAUUGCAAUAAUAAUGAAUGAUUUAACCCAGUGUAUUAACCAAAAAAGGCUGUUCCUUAUUUUCAGUUUGCCGUUUCUUUAAUCCUGGUGUUGACGAUUGUCUGAAGGUCACUGACCAGGUCCUGAUUUUCAUCACCAAUGAUCCAAAAUGUAAUAAUACUGUAUUACCGUACAAUGGCUGUUCGCGCUGUGCUGUCUUUCACGUGCCUCUUUACAGGAAGGCCAGAGCACUGUGCAAGGUGCAAGGCAACACAUCUGCAGCAGAGUCAGUGUCUUGCUCAAGGGCACUUCAGCAAGGAACGCUGUUCCUAAUAGACCGCUGCUUCCUGUGCACACGCGAGAGCAAGCAAGACCAUCAGCGAGUGUGCUUGGCUCUUUCUUUGCAGUCGUUCUGAAGGCCUGUCCCCGGGCCCGAGUUCCCGUGAAAUCAGAUAAAACGAUUUACGGCAGAAUGGAAGAGCCGGUGUUUACAUUUUGCCAGCGAUGUUUCGCAGUGAGCUGCACGUUAGCCAGUUCAAAGGAAGCAGGGGAAGAUUUUUCUUUAGAGAAUUAAAUUUUUGAGGUUAUAUUUUGUGGUUAUGGCUGAGACUGGAGCAGGAAAAUUGACUGAAGAAAAAAAAAAAAGCUAAAAGGGAGGACUGCCAUGCUGUACAAUCCCUCUUUGCAGAGUGCUGUUUGUGCGUGCACCUCACAGCACUGUGCGGGGUGCAGGGCAGCGCAGGUACAUCUGCAGCACAGUCGCGUCCUGCUUUAGGGCACUUCAGCAAAGAAAAACCGCCUGCUCAGGUGCUGGAGCUGAUCUUUACUCUCUAUUCCUAUUGGGACGCUUGCAGAAACUCUGCUUCCUGUACAGACACGUGACUCUAUCUCAACACAUGUUGAGAUUAACAUUAUUGCUGUUACUUUAGGCUUCUCUAAAUUGUUUUCAUUAAGUACCACAAACUCUAGUUUUCAAUUCCCAACAGCCCCAGUGAGCACUUACUGGUGGGAGGGGGUUGAACUCUGGUUUUAUCUUGUUCUUCUUGUCUCCAGACCACUGUGUGUAUUGUUUUUUGAAAGGUUGUUCUAUGCAAUUAUUGUUGUUGCAAGUAUUGUAAUGCUUUGUUUUUCUAGACACUCUGUACUUUGUGUUUGGUAUGGUCAUUCUUUUAUUAAAAAUUUAAUAUAA